GAGGAAGAAGAAGAAGAAGUUGUCAACCCGGAUCAUGGGUUCAACCAAUGAAUGGGGACUGGGAGGAAACAUUGCUCGACGCUUUGCUCUUUCUGACCGUCUUCAAGCUUUUAAACACCAUGAAGUCGGAGCGGUGAAAGUUUCUAUAAUUUCCCAAACAGUCCCGCAGCUAGAAAAACAGACCGACCACCAGCUCCCUCUCUGCGGGUCACUCUGAGGUUACUUUCCGGUGUUUGGGUCUGUCUGACCGGGAGAGGCUGCAGAGAUGUCCGACAACGGUGGCUCGGCUGUCGGCCUUCUGUCUUACGAAACGCUGGUUCAUGCUGUGGCAGGUGCCAUGGGGAGUGUGACGGCAAUGACCGUCUUCUUUCCUUUGGACACAGCCAAAAGCAGACUGCAGGUGGAUGAAAAGAGAAAGUCUAACUCUACCCCCGUCAUCCUGGCUGAGAUAGCAAAGGAAGAAGGCCUUCGGUCUCUGUACAGAGGCUGGUUGCCAGUCAUUUCCAGCCUCUGCUGCUCUAACUUUGUCUACUUCUACACCUUCAACACGCUGAAGAAGCUGGCGGCAGCUGGUCAAGGGAAGUCCAGCCCCGGCAAAGACCUGCUCAUGGGGGUCGUAUCAGGGGUGGUGAAUGUGAUCCUGACCACUCCCAUGUGGGUGGUCAACACUCGACUGAAGCUGCAGGGCGCAAAGUUCAGGAACGAAGACAUCCAGCAGACCCAGUACAGGGGCAUCUUUGAUGCUUUCUCAAAGAUCAUCGCCAAUGAGGGAGUGGGAACUCUGUGGAACGGCACUCUGCCCUCUCUCAUCCUCGUCCUCAACCCGGCUGUGCAGUUCAUGUUUUAUGAGGCCAUGAAGAGGAAGGCAGGCAUGGGAGGGAAGAAGAUAUCCUCAGCAGAGAUCUUUCUCAUCGGAGCAAUUGCCAAGGCCAUUGCGACCACCGCGACGUAUCCUCUUCAGACAAUUCAGGCCAUCAUGAGGUUCGGCCAGUACAAAGGGGAUGGGGAGGGCAGCGUGACUGGAAGCCUCUCAAACAUUUUCUCCAUGUUAAUGGACAGAAUCAAGAGGUUUGGGGUUUUUGGUUUGUACAAAGGCCUGGAGGCCAAGCUGCUACAGACGGUACUGACGGCCGCCCUCAUGUUAGUUGUGUACGAGAAGAUCACUGCUGCUACCUUCAAAGUUAUGGGCAUGAACAUGAAGCUGAAGCAGUGAACACACACCUUCUUGAAUACAGUAAUGCAUUAAUACACUUAUGCAUUAAUACACUUGUCGUCAGUAGGUUUUCAAUGCUUACCGAUGAUAUGUUCAUGUUCAUACAGAUGGGAUUGGUGCCUUUUUUUUUAUGGGCACAGAUUCCUACACUCGAUCAAAACAUACAUCAUAACCAGAGCUGCGGGGGGUACUUACAAUACCCUCUCUUUUUUAACUUUUAACUUUCCAUUGUGCAGGCUGGCCUUGAUUGUCUCCACUGGUUAAUCUCUGUUGAGAUGGUUCGAAGUGAUUUGACCAGCUGAGAUGUUAAAACUGGUUUGGAAAAAGAUUACAGUAAAGGUUUACAUCAUGUGACAUUCGGGGGAAAUAUGCUUAUUCACCUUCUUGCCAAAGUUGGAUGAGAAGAUUGAUACAACUCAUUAGAUAUUAGAAAUGAUUCACCCAAUGAAACGGUGAUAUGUCAGUUUUAAACUUCAAGAUACAACAUGUAAAUUAGGGAGUAAUCAAAAUUCCAGCGCUCACCAGCUAAUAACACGUUAGAAACAAGAAAGGGUGGGGGGGGGGGGGGGGGCAUGUUGUGAAAUGCUAUCUCUAUUGUUCCAUGUUGCCUCCUCAGAUUUGCUUACAAACUGACCUUUGGUUUACACUCAGCAGCUGCACAAAGAGAAGCAUUGCUGUGCAUGGGGUAUCUUCAGGUUUCUGUGUACAUUAGUGAGCUUUGGAGGUGCUGAUAGGGGGUUGUUGUUACUUUUUGAUAGAGCCAGGCUAACUGAUUACCCAUGUUCAGUCUUUAUGCUACGCUAGGUUAACCAACUGCUGUAGCUUCGUGAUAAGUUACAAAAAAUGAGAGUUGCAUCACUCGUCUCCUCUACUAGGAAGUGAAUAAACUUAUUACCCAAAAUGUCAAACCUUUCCUUCAACAUUAGGCACUUGUGGCAAAUGAUAAAACCAAUAAGAUAAGUGACCUACUUGGGUAUUGCCUUGAUCUAAGCUACUGGAUCAUUCUUUACAUUCUUGUCUUAUGAUUUAACAGAGUUUGAUAGAAACCUCAUGAAAUUCCUGCAAGAUGAAUGUUGUUUUUUCUAAAGUGCUGAUUUAUGAUGUCUUCAUGACACACUAAUGAGCAGUAAUAACAAUAACGAUAAAUGAAUAAUGAAAGGGAGCACAGAUCCCAUUCAUAUUUAUAGACUUGUGUGUAAAAACCAAAUGGUUUUGAUUUUAACAACUAGAAUGUAUUAAGAAAGAAUGAAUUAAAUAUAAAUGAUGCACAUUUUGAGAGUAAAACCUACAUGUGUGCACGAUACUGUAGUAAGUGCCUGUAAAUUAUAUCUGAAAAACUGCACUGUGAACUGAUAUAAAUGCUUUGAUGACUGUU